AGUCAGUUUGGCCGAAUAGGUUCUUGUUCAAGCUUGGCCUUCAAGGCGCGUGGGCCGCCCGCCGAGUCGGGUCUUGCCCAGCGGUCGCGACCAUGGCGCGGCAGCGCUGGCAGCGGCCAUGCGCCAGCAGAGCGCCUGUCGUGACCACUGCAGUUGUCGUCGCCGCCGCUUGGCGCUGCUCGGCGCGCGGCUUCGUCGCGGGGCACGUGGCUGCCGGUCGCCGAGCAGCCGUCCUCUUCGUGGCGAGCGCGAGUGCCGAGCCGCUCUGGCAGCUGCCGCUGAGCCUCCAGGACGACCAGGGGGCUGGGGCCAUUGCAGAGCACGUGUUGUCGGAGGCUCCAGCGGGAGACAUCCGCAGGAUACUGGAGAUGUUCGACAGCUUCAGCGCGCAGAACAGGCUGGGCAUGCACCUCGGAGAAGAGAAGGGCGAGCUCAUCGAGGCUGCUGUCGGCAGGGGGCUCCCCCUGUCUGGCCCGGCCGUCGUUCUGGAGACGGGGUGUCAUGCAGGCGAUGGGAGCCUCCGGGCGGCGUUGGCGGUGUCUGCGCGCGAGGGCAGCACCCUGGUGAGCACAGAGGCGAACCAGAAGUGGCUCGCAGCUGCGAGGGCUGUCGUGUCGCAUGGUGCUGGCAGUAUUCCAGGCUUCAGGUUUUUGCCCCUACAGUUGUCAGAGGAUGCAAGCUUCAGUCAUUUUUUAGAUAUGCUGCGAAACUCUCAGGGUAUCAGCCGUUUGGACGCUAUCAUUCUAGAUCAGGAUCCGAGGCAGUACAAGAGCCAGGUGCAAUUAAUGAUACGAAUGGGCAUGGUGCGGCAAGGUGCGACAAUAUACAUAGACAACGUUGUCACCAAGAAACCUCUAUUGCAGGAUUAUUUGGAAAUGGUCCAGCAGAGUGCGCAGAAUACAGAGUGGCACACUGAGAUAUAUCAGAUCAGCCGUCCUUACACAGAUGCCGUGGCCAUUUCUACAUACCUGGGGGAGUCCAGUGAGAACCACAGAGGCGUUGCAAGAAAAGUGGACUGAGGAGCAACAUGAAAGAGGCAUGUCAUCUCCGUGCAGACGGACUCUUCACGUUGUGUCGCCGGUCGGGCUGGGGGAAAAAGGCGUUAUGGUUGCAGGCUACCCCCCCGAAAAGAGAGGCGAGCAUCAGUUUCGCAGGACCCAAUCUGAAUGCACUUGGUCACUUAGGGACACUUCUCUGGAUGCUACACUAAUCCAACACACGUGGUCGCUCAGUAUUGGAGUGAAUCCCAGGGAAGCCCCAGGUGGGUUAUAUUGAUAAUCAGUUUGACCCGUGCGAGUGGACCCUCUAGACGGAAAGAGGGGCCUACAUGGGAGCAGGGAUUUUGCAUGCCAGUCAGGAGGGACCGAGCAGAACCUGCACAAGAGCUUUGUCUAUGCAGGAUCUUCUUUAGGAUGCAUGAUGGAGGUCUUCACGGGAUCCGUUUUCUUUGCGGGGGGACCCCAGGUACAUAAUUUCCACAUGCUUUGCACGGAGUCCCGGCAUCCAAUGUGCACAAUUAGACGCAGAGGCGCAUGGAGAUCCAGGAGACGUGCCACGGGGCGCGCGCGGAACCAAAGCUCUUGCGGAUGGAUCCCC